UCAAUUAUUGUAAAUUAAUUACCCAACAUUGUUUUCAGGCCCAACAACCCAUUAAUGUGCAUUAAUUAACCCAGAACACUAGAUGAAUGCCAGGAAAGAUGACUGGCAAUCCUCAUCAUAGUAAUGUUUAACUGAGCAAUUGAAGUACUAAAAUCCAUAUCUUAUCUCCCAGGGCAUCUGUACCAAGGCCGUUCCUUGCGUUCUGGGGUAUAAGGGCUGGCUCAGGGAAGGUUUGCCUACAGUUUCAGUGGCAGGCGGAGAUGAACUGGUGGAAGGUUAUCGGUGGUGUUCUGGGGGGUGCGGUCAUAUUAGCCGCUGGGCUCUUAAUUGGCCACUUUGGGAUUUCAAAGAAUACAGAACCCAAGUGGGCAACGGCACUUUCCAGAGAUGUUGAUGAAGAGUUCAUCCAAGAGUUCAUGAAAGAGGUGGAUACUAAGAGAAUUGAAGAUAACUUACGACGCCUGUCGCUGAAACCGCACGUGGCCACAACACCGGCUGACGAAGAGUUGGUACAAACCAUCCUGUCUCACUGGAAAGAUGCAAACUCCGGCCUAGAUGAUGCUCAGGAAUUUAGAUAUGAUGUAUUUUUGUCAUUCCCAGAUAAAAAUAACCCCAACAAUGUCAAAGUGGUGACGCCUGAAGGAACAGUUAAAUUCACAUCGAAACGUGCAGAGAAUGAGACCACCACAGACCAGAGAGACCCUGAUAUUCUGCAGCCGUAUCUGGCAUUCGCUCCAAAUGGAACUGCCAAGGGGAAAUUAGUCUAUGCUAAUGAAGGGAAAGUAAGUGAUUUCCAGCAUCUCUCUGAAAAGAUCAAUCUGACGGGAACCAUCGCCAUUGUCCGAUAUGGGGGAACAGGCAGAGUUAACAAGGCAAUCAAUGCAGCCCAAUUUGGAGUCAUAGGAGUCAUUAUUUACACUGACCCCAAAGAUAUCAAUGAUGGAAAGUCCAGUGCAAGUGAAACCUACCCUAACUCUUGGUAUUUGCCUCCUUCUGGAGUAGAACGGGGCUCGUUCAAAGAAAAUUUUGGUGACCAACUCACACCGUACUAUCCGGCUAAAAACUCUACCUACAGAAUCAAGGAAUCGGAAAUCAAAGGAUUAUCUCCCAUCCCAGCACAGCCAAUAGGUUUUGAAGAUGCGAAGUCCCUAAUAUGUAAUCUUCAAGGCCCCCCAGCUAUUGAUAGUUGGCAGGGGUCACUGGGUUGCAUCUAUAACAUAGGCCCAGGCUUCCAGCCAAGCAGUGAGUUCAUCAACAGUGAUGUGGAGGUGAAUGUGUAUAAUAAAAGAACAAUUAAGUCUUCAGCCAAUGUGAUGGGCAUCAUCCACGGCUCUGUGGAACCAGACAGGUAUGUGAUGUAUGGGAACCACAGGGACAGCUGGGUACAUGGAGCCAUCGAUCCAAGCAGUGGAACAGCAGUAAUGAUGGAAAUAACCAGAGUCCUUGGGACUAAGCUCAAGCAAGGUAAGUGGCGGCCUCGAAGAUCCAUCAUUUUUGGCAGCUGGGGUGCAGAAGAGUUUGGCUUGGUUGGUUCGACAGAAUUUGCCGAGGAGUACUACAGCAAGCUGAAAGACAGAACCGUGGCUUACAUCAACGUGGACAUCUCUGUCUUUGCUAAUGCAUCACUGAGGGCUCAGGGAACAGCUCCGGCUCAGAGCGUGAUCUUUGAGGCAUCCAAACAGGUGAAGACACCACAAGGCACUACUGUUUAUGAGAACUGGAAAAGUAACUACAACAGGACCAGCCCUCAGUAUGGACUCAUCCCCCAAAUGGGUGCAUUGGGAUCUGGAAGUGAUUAUGCUCCAUUUCUGCAUUAUUUGGGAAUCACCUGUAUGGACAUUGCAUACACAUAUGACAGGAGAGUAACCUCAGCCAGAAUAUAUCCUGCCUACCAUACAGCCUUUGACACUUUUGAUUAUGCAUCUAAGUUUAUUGACCCAGGUUUCACCAGCCACCAAAUGGUAGGGCGCACCGCCGGCAACGUGCUGCUACGAUUGGCUGACAGCCUUAUCCUUCCGCUUGGCGUGAGAGAUUACGCGGAGACGCUGGAAGAUUAUUACAACAGGGCAGAGCAAAGCUUUCAGUCCAACCUGGUCAGCAAAAACAUCUCUCUGGCACCCCUGAAAAUGGCAAUAAAUAGAUACAAGAAGGCAUGCGAGGCUUUGGAGGAAACCAUAAAAGAGCUGAAAGAAACGAAGGAGACACCACUUAAAAUCCGCAUGAUUAAUGACCAAUUAAUGCUGCUGGAAAGAACUUUCAUUAACCACAUGGCUUUCCCUGAGCAGUUAUAUUACAGCCACAUCAUCUGGGCACCACGCAGUUCCGGCGUAGCCACUUUCCCAGGCCUUGCCGAUGCCUACCUUCAAGCCACCGCUAGCAACUCACAGGACGAUUGGGACAUGGUCCAUCACCAGCUCACCAUAGCAAUAUAUGCAGUGGAGAGUGCAGCAUCCACAUUGGAGCAAGUCACCCACAUAUCUCAGAGAUGAGCACCUAAAGGAGAACUAAACCCUAGCUCAUCCUUAACUCCUUCUCCAUUGGGCCCCCUCCAAGCAACAUCUAUUCAGUUCAAAAAGUUUCCGUGUCCGAUCCAGCCCUAAAUCUGCAGAACUGUGCAGCGGUGCCAUCUUAACCUGUCUUUGUAUCCAGUCGAGGGGGCUGAGAAAGCUAAUAAAUGCAUUAUCCAGUGCUUUCAAGCAACAAUCGCCUGUCCUUUGAAUGCACCCACAGCAUUAGAAUUAACAGAGAGUUAGUCCAAGAGGUUUGUUGCCCUCCUGCAAGAAGCUCCUGGAAGAAUGGAACAGGUGCCUAUGGUCUAAUCUUCCUGCCCUGCUGAUUUCUCCUGUACUUGGAGUAAUGAUGAGCAAAGUGUAUGUGCAAUUUGGAAGUCGCCACAGGUAACAGUGUAACAUGAAAAUGGUUGAAAUAAAGAUACACGUCAUUAAA